AUGGAAUUGCGGAUCGUCAUUUUGGCCACCGGGCUGCUAGCUACGUCACUCUGUUCGGCUUCCGAUAUUCUCAUGAUUACGAUGGGUGGUACCAAAUCACACAAAAUUCCAUUCUUGGAACUUGCCAAAGGUCUUAUUCCAAGAGGACAUAAUAUCACCUUCCUGAACGGAUUUCCGGCGGAUUUCACCUUGAACGGUCUGCAAGAGGUUACACCCUCCGGCCUGGUAGAGUAUAUCAGAAACUACACAAACUGGGAUCUGCUUGGUGCGCGGAUGCGAGGAGAUUGGCCGCUCUCGGUUUGGGAUGUUUUCCGUUUCCCAUUUCAGAUCUGUGAUGCUACGCUUGAAGAUAAAGAAACUCUUGAUCUGUUGGGCCGGAAGUUUGACCUGUUGAUUUUGGAUGGAGCAUUUCCCGAAUGUGCGCUUGGGUUAGUGUAUCGCCUCGGAGUUCCAUUUAUGUACAUCAAUACCGUUGGAUUCUACACAGGAACCUUGUCCCUCGCUGGUAAUCCGACACCCUACUCGACGACACCAGUGUUUUAUCGACCUCUAACAGACGACAUGAACUUCUACGAACGGAUUUCCAAUGCACUGUUCACUGGAUUUAUCCAGCUGCUUUAUAUCCCCACAAUGCUUACACUACAACUAAUGGUUCAGAGGCAUCUUGGCUCCGAUGUGCCCAUUACUUGGAACCUUGCACGCAAUGUGAGCUUUAUACUGCAAAACGGUCACACUACCGUCACGUAUCCAAGACCACUGCUGCCGAAUGUAGCCGAAAUCGCUUGUAUCCACUGCAAACCUUCGUUACCGCUACCAAAAGACCUGGACGACUUCAUUCAUUCAUCGGGCGAGUCCGGAUUCAUCUACGUAUCGAUGGGCUCGUCCGUAAAAGCAGCCAACAUGCCGGAUCAUCUGCGCAAGCUGCUGAUACAAACAUUCGCCCGUUUGCCGUACCGUGUGCUGUGGAAAUAUGAAGCUAGCACCGCCUUGCUUACCGAUCUGCCGUCAAAUGUGAAGAUCGGCGGAUGGCUCCCACAACAAGACAUCUUGGGACACCGCAAGUUGCGCGCGUUCGUCACACACGGAGGCCUGCUGAGCAUGUUUGAGACUGUCUAUCACGGAGUGCCAGUUGUAACGAUGCCUGUAUUCUGUGACCACGACUCCAACGCGGCCAAAGCUGUGGCCGAUGGCUAUGCCGUAAAGCUGGACUUAGAAACGCUUACGAGCGAAAUGCUGGUCAGAGCAAUCCACAAAGUCAUUCACGAUCCGAAGUACCGGAAGGCAGCUAAAUAUCGCCAAAUGUUACUGAAAGACCAAAGAUCUACGCCGUUAGAAACCGCCGUUUACUGGACUGAAUAUGUUAUUCGACAUAAUGGUGCUUAUCAUCUGCAGAGUCCAUCACGCAAUUUGAACUUCCUCCAAUAUUAUUGUUUGGACCAAAUCGUGCUCUUCUUCGUUGUUGUGUAUGUAAUUCGUGCAAUGACCCGCAUCAACCUAAAGCCUAGAAUAAUAAGGCUAGCAAAGGAAAAAUUACAUUAGGCGACC